ACCUGUAGCCUGUAAACCACCACAGUGCUCCUGUUAAACCCAGCCCAGCUCAGUCCAGUCCAGGCUGCUGCUGCUGAUAGCUGAGGUGAACUAAUCUGAUACAGGCACGCUGGCUAAACGCUAGUCCCAGCCCCAGCCCCAGUCCCGCCGCCAGCGGCAGCUCAUAUCUGGACCCCCGCGGUUCACACGGCGAGAAACCUGCGUCCAGCCGACUCCUCCACAACACGGAGCGGGGUCUUCAUGAGAUGAGGAGAGUACGAGGAACGCACAGCCAUCAGGAGCGGACUGUUUACAAGACUGAUCCCACCCUAAACACAAGGGACCGUCUAGUUUCUUGAGGCUGGACAGGAAUCAUUCAUCAGGAGACAUGAGAAAGUGCAGUCCGUGGACGUUUCUCCCGAUUAUGUUUUCGUUCUUCACAGCUGCAGGCUUGUGGGUCGUGUAUUUCAUAGCAGUGGAGGAUGAGAAAAUCACACCGCUUAGCUCCGAAUACAAGAGAUCUGUGUCCAAGUCCCCUCCCUACAUCAGCAUUGCAGGCGAUGCUCCACCCGCCAGCUGUGUCUUCAGCCAAGUCAUGAACAUGGCAGCUUUUGUGGGUUUCAUCCUUGGGGUACUCAGAUACCUGCAGCUCAAACCAAGGGUGCACAAACCCUGGCUCAACAUUGGCAGUCUGGUAGCUCUGUCCUUGGCCUGCUUUGGUAUGACUUUGGUUGGGAAUUUCCAGCUGUCAAAUGAUGAAGAGCUCCACAAUAUUGGCACCUCAAUGACCUUCGGACUAGGCACACUGUUUUGUUGGGUCCAGUCCUUCAUGACUUUAAAGGUCAACUUGCGUAAUGAAGGCAGACGAGCUGGCAUUCCCCGCUUCCUGCUGUCCGGAGCGGUCACGUCCUGCAUGCUGCUUUACUUUGCCUUAAUGGCACAGCGGCUGCACAUGCAUGCUGCCCGGGCACAGUGGGCGCUGGUCAUGUUCUUCCUGACGUUCCUGGGCACCUUUGCUAUCGAGUUCCGUCACUACCACUUCGAGAUUGUGUGCAGUGAUGACCAGGACCCUCCACUGAGCCUGUCUGAAAGCUUCUCUGAGGUCUCAGAGUACCAGUCUGACCAGCUAUAAGACUAUUUCCGUCCCAUUUCUAACCGCAGGACUUCCAGGUCCUUCCACUUACAGUGCUCGUCAAUUCCCACUAAUGCAUGUAUGUUGAAUGUAAUCUCUCCAGGGUUCUCUGUGAGUGUGUUGUUUUUUAUUACAACAAUGUGUAGGUAGACUUUUUUGCGACAAAACAAUGAAAAAAGCACAAGAGGUGAACAGACACCAUUUCUGAGCCACAGUGGGUUUUUUGUAUUGCUGGGGUGACAUAAUGUAAUGUCUGAAAAUGCGUAGUACACUCAUCGUCAAAGAGAUGGUUGCAAAAAUAGUUGCACCCAGAAGGAAGUAUCGGAAUGCAGUGCUGUUCGGAAGGAAAAUAACCAAGGUUACCAAGAACAAUAAAUGAUUAAAACAUAUAGAAGAAGUGUUUAAUUCAUGUGUGACAUGACGUUAGACAGGUUCCUUUUUUUAUAUAUCUAAUUUUAUUAAAAAAAAAUUUCCCCAUUUUCUCCCCAAUUUACAAGGCCAAUUACCAAAGCCACUCAUUACAACUCCCCCUAUCACUUGUGAUGCCCCAACACCAGGAGGGUGAAGACCAGCACAUGCCUACUCCGAAACAUGUGAAGUCAGACUCCGCCUCUUUUUUUUAAAUGCUGCUGAUGAUUUAGCAUUGCCGAGUAGCAUCACAGAACAGCGCCCUCGGAGGUUAGUGCAGCAACUCGGUUCCGAUACAUCAGCUCACAGACGCCUUGUGCUGAUCCACAUCACCCUAGGAGUGAUGUGUGGAGAGAGCAAGACCAAUUGUGCUCUCUCAGGGCUCCGGUAGCGGUUGUAGAGUUUCCUAAUGGUUUUCUGCAGUAAUCAAUCCAAUGAAGCUUAAAUAUUCUCAUGCAGAAUGUUGAUAGUGUGCGCAAUAGCAUCCUACACAACAUUUUUAAUCAUGGAUAGGUCUGGGUAUGAGGCUGGCAAUGAUAUAGUAUCAUAGCAUCCUCAAGGCAAGCUCUUGAGCUCUUGAGAGCAGUAUGUGGACGAGCACUGUCCUGUUGAAAAAGCACACAGUGUAUGCAUUCAGAAAAGGUAGGGCCACUGUUUGGAGGAGCUCAUUAACAUAACACCGGGUUCUUGAAGUGUCUGUAAUUAAGACCAAAGGUGAUCUGCCAGCCAACAAGUUUCUUUCCUGUCGGAUGAUUCCUUCUGUGUGCAACCAUUUAUUUUAAAGAUGAGCGUACAUAGGUGAUGAUUUAUGUAUGUGAACUGACUCAGUCUUUGUUAAGUGUUACUUGGCAAGGACACCAUCAUCUUAGACUAUAUCAAGUCUCCAUUUCAGUCGUGAAGAAACUCUAAAGAAACGGACAAGGGAAAAGUAGGUUCUGUACUGUGUAUUGAAUUCUGUAUGUCAGAAACUUUAACUCACUUUUCAGUGAAGAGUAUUAAACAAUCCUAACUGUUUCCACAAACGACACACUUUAUAUCUAGAGAAAAAGAAAAAGUUCAUUCCUAACAUUUUGGAAAUAUAUCAGUCAUUAAUAAGCAUUUACAGUGUUUUUCAACAAAGUUUUGGACUGUGUUUCAUUAAAGCUGCACUCUGUUAAA